GUUUUAUUGUUCAUCAUCCACAAAACUUGACUGUUCAUCACCCUGCCUCGCCUGCGCUCUCGUUCUCUACUAGAAUCCGUGGAUGUGAUAUUUCCUAUCUCGAUCUCCGCCCAAGUUUACACCCUUUGCUAUCAAGCUGGUUCACCGUCACAAUCUCCAGCCAUGGCCGAUGCUCUCUGUGGCCCCUCCAAUCCACUCCAGAACCUUCAAAAGCACACGCAAGUCGAUCGCACACUUCAGCAAGACCGACUAGUCAGCUCCAGACAGUCUCCUGGCCAGGGCUUCCGCACCGCCGACCCAAGAGUAGGCGCACUCGACGCCGACUUCUACGCUUUCGAAAAUGCAGCGCCCAGUCCCCUCCAAUUUCAACAGCCUGAAUUCGCAAACACCCGCGCUGCUACGUUCUCGCCCCAACCGACCGUCGUACCGGGAGGAUGGGCCGCCGACUUCCAGCGCCUGAACCUCCACGAUCAGCCCAUGCCCGCAGGCCAGUUCCGCACCGAAGCACCACUCAUCAGGUCUACCAUAGGAGGAUGGCAAAACGAAUUUAUGCGACAGCGCUCCGGCGUAAGCUCGCCAGUGGCGCAGGGGAAGCAAGUCGCGCAAGACCAGCCGCAGUUUAACAUGAACACCAACAUGCCAUAUCUGAAUUACUCUUCCCCCACAUACCAGUCCAACGGCAGUGGAAUGUAUCAAGAUGGUGGGUUUCAACAGCAACAGCAGCAACAGCCGCAAAUGUCCAUGGAACAGAAAGUUCAAAUGUCUGAUGUUGAUUUCGACGCGGCUUUUCAAGAAGCGAUUGCCCAUGCGCAAGAGAUGGACCAGCUAGGCCAGAUGACCGACGUCUCAGAAACAAUCGAGUCCUCAACUACAUUUGAGCAAACAACAACCACAAUGAAAAUCGGCUCCGAUGCCAUCGAGUACCGGGAACAAUCCGAACGCACCGCCGACCAAGAUUCUCGUGACGCCGACGAACUCGCCCGCACGGCCGGACAAUUACUCAGAAGCGUGAACUCCGAGACGAGCACGAAAUUCCAAAACUCGCAAUUCCUCGAUCUGAUGCGCCGCAUUCGCGACAGGGAAGUGGAAGUUCAAAACAACGAUCUUCAUGAUGUAUCCACAGGCGCCGCGGCGACCACCCAGCCCGAAUACCUCGACGGAAUUCGAGCCGAGCUACAACACCAACACCAAAACCAAUACCAACAACAAGAACCGUCCUCGUCCUCCCAACCACAGCAAGAGCAAUCAUCGCACUUUGAAUUUCCCGACAUGGACGCGGUCUACGCACCCGCCAACAUCGGCCGCAACUCGCCUUACACGAACUACGGCUUCGAGGACGACGUAUACCCACCCGUCGCGAUGCAGCCGCAGCGGCAGGUCGACGACGUGCACCCAGGCGGCCGCUGGUACCCGGAUCAGAGUCCACAGAUGAAGACCUCGGAGCUUGCCGUGGGCGGUGGAGACGGUACGAGCAGUAUCGAGAAGAUCAUAUCAACGAGCGAUUUCGAGAAUGUCGAUGAGAAUCCAAGCCUGGCGAGACGGUUUACUUAGGUAGUGGAACCGACUUCGACACUGCUGCCGACAGGGGCCGCUGGACAAUGGGGAAGUGGAAGUAAUAAUGACGAGGAGGCUUCGGCUCUGGCUGCUGUCUCUCGCUAAGGGUUUUGGCCACAUUCGAGGCUUCCGAGUCGAAGCUUUCGAUCCCGAAAGACGGUCAUGACUGCAUGGAAAUGCUACACGAGCGCCCUGGCGAAACGUGCAGUGCAACUAUUGAACGGAGGACUACCGAUCACUCUUGGAAACGGAGAUGGGGAUGAGGCAACUCGUAUUGACCUUGCAAGACCCGACUCUCCUCUUUCUACCAAUCAUCAGAUCGAAACUAUAACCACACCCACACCUGCCUGCGUCAGGAACUCGAUGGACACGAAGAGGUGGUGUUGUAAGGCAUACGCACAAUGUCCAUGUGCCUGAGGUCAGGUAUCUUGUUAGCAGCCCAUCCCGUCGCCCAAAAAUGGGCAGGAAGGACAAAAAAUGAAGAUCAAGUGGUGGUGAAAGUGAAAACGUGCUGAGAGAGAGAGAGUUCAGCUCGGCGUAGCGUCCUCAUUUCUCAUUAGCUCCACUUGCGAAAUUUUGACUGAGUCCUCGGUGUUGGGUGAUGAAAAUCGAAAUACCUGCCUAAUCGGGAAUAUAGACUACCGCUUUAGGCAAUAUAUUUCGUCGUCUUUCAGGCGCCGGGGCACCAACCGUAGGAUCCCAAUCGUAGCCAAACUGAGUGCCAUACUGGAACUCAGGCGAAAGGGAGCGAAAUCACCGAAGCUGGAAUAAAUUUUGAUAAAUUCGUUCA